ACUGUCCCCGCUGUGUGCACUGACCACCCGUGUUCUAAACUGUCCCCGGUGUGUGCACCGACCACUCGUGUCCUGAACUGUCCCCGCUGUGUGCACCGACCACCCGUGUUCCGAACUGCCCAGCUGUGUGCACCGACCACCCGUGUCCAAAAACUGUCCCUGUUGUGCGCACAGACCACCUGGGUUUUGAACCUACCCGUUGAGUCCCCG